AUGGCUGGAUCAUUAUCUGAUAACCCGAGGGGCAGGCAAGCGGUCGAGAUCUCUUCUGUCUUCACUGGUCUGGCUCUCAUCACCGUCGUCCUUCGACUGUACACGCGCUUCUUUAUAAUUCGGUGCGUGGGUAUCGAAGAUGCCGGCAUCGCUCUUGCAAUGCUCUGCUCCAUUGGCUUGACAAUCGCCAUUGGUAUCCAGGCCGAAUAUGGUAUGGGCAGACACAUCAAAACAAUCCCAGACGACCACAUGGUCAAGUUCUUGAGGGUGCGACACUCUCAACGUGUGCUUGAGGGCACUGCUAACAUAAAGCGACAGACAUUCUGGUCCAGUCUCAUCGUAUACUACCUGUCGCUCGGUUUGACCAAAGGAUCAAUGCUCCUCCAAUAUCGACGCAUCUUCCCGACCAAGAAGUUCCAGAUCGCGAACUGGCUCACGAUGGCCGUUGUCGUCGCCUACACCAUCUGGACAGUCUUCUCCAGUAUCUUCACCUGCACACCCGUACGAGCUUUCUGGACUCACGAGAAGUCUACUUGUCUUAACCAAUUCGCCGUCUGGUUCACGAACGCCGCCAUCAACAUCCUUACCGAUUUCGCGAUCAUCCUUCUUCCUAUUCCGGUCAUUCAGAAGUUGAACCUCGGCAAGAGGCAGAAGAUUGGACUCAUCUCCAUCUUCGCGGUUGGCGGAUUUGUCUGCCUAGUCUCAAUUCUCCGUCUACAAUCUCUCGUCGCGAUCUCGAACUCGGCUGAUCCUAGUUACGACAACCCGCCUGCGGCGACAUGGAGCUCCGUUGAGACCAACGUCGGCAUUAUUUGCGCCUGUCUGCCGUUGCUCAGGCCUUUGAUCACACAUUGGCUUCCAAGGGCGUUCCCGUCAAGACACCGCAGCGCAUAUUCCCACUCUCGCCCACAAGGCGCUCGUACCUACGGAAGCAGGGGUGGCAGCAAGGCGCUGCGCACCAAAGACGACUACGUUCUAGACGUAACGAAGCGCUCAAAUGGCUCGAGCGAGGAUGCGAGAGACAUUCAAGUUGUUACGGACAUUCACGUAGAGGUGGAUGGUGCCGAUGGGAGGAGGCUGAGCGGCUGGAGAACGCCCGCUUCGCAAGCCACCUGGGCGGACGAUAUAUCCCGCAAGGAAACACAAAGGGAGAACAGCACCGAGAUGCUGGUAGACGAAAAUCCGCGUGUGUCGAGGUAG